AUGCCAAGUGGAUCUCAUAAUGGCGUUUCCCCGGUACACCACCAUUCAGACUAUUAUCUGAAGGAUGGUAAUAUCACCUUCCUCGUUGAAGACACGCUAUUUCGUGUGCAUAGACACUUCUUCGAAACUGAAUCGCAAUUUUUCAUGAAGGAAUUUGAACUUAGGGCUCCAAAAGAGGGAACUUCAGAUUCCAGCGCCUUUCGACUCGAUAAAGUAACCAUCGCUGACUUUGCGAAAUUCUUAUGGGUCUGGUAUAGUCCCUCGUACAGACGGGAAAGUAAACCAAAAGAUCAUUGGCUUACCAUAUUGGAGCUCUCGACAAUCUGGCAAUUCCCAGAAAUGAAGAAGCUAGCCAUCGAUGAGCUCCAGAAACUCGAAAUCGAACCCAUUGAGAAGAUCACUACGUAUGACAAAUACCAGAUCGACCAAUCACUUCUCUUGCCUGCAUAUAAGCUCCUGUGCAAGCGGGCGGGCCGAAUGUCCAUCGAGGAGGGCGAGCAACUCAAAUUGCACACUGUCCUCGGGAUACAGGAGGCUCGCGAGCGUGCGAUCAGGAGCGCAGCGGAGGGCGGGUGCCGUAGCCCGACCUCCGCUGAUGUAGCCGACGAAGAGUUGGAGAGAAUUUUGGUCGAUGUAUUCAGUCUUAAAGGUCACACCGCUAACCGACAGGGCGCGCCACCGCCGGCAAACGAAGUGCCAAUCGUGCAGACUCCAAAGCCGCCUGUGAAUGGAGCCACCAAUGGUAGUAAGUCGUCUGCGUCGGGUUCGAACGAUAACAAGCAGAAAGACGCCAAUAAAAAUUCAGGAUCAGGGAAAAAAUGA